UGAAACCGUCUGUCGAGGUGAUGCUUGCGCCGCUGGGCCGACCGUCGCCCGCGCGAAAGAAAUACGAGCAAGUGUUGCUGCUUCCCCGAAAGCAACUGCAGCACAUUGACUUGUCGCCGCCAAAAGCCAAGUCGACACAGUUGACCGAGUCGUCCAAUGGCCAGGGACCGACGUCGAAGCGCAAAACAUUGUCCGACGAAGAAAACAAUGCGAUAUGGCGGAGGUGGAAAGCGGCGAAGGACGCCGAGAUGCGACGGCGCCGCCAGGCGAACGCACCUCUGUCAGACCAGGAACUCACGCCGCUCGUCGAGCAAACCGCGGAGGAGUCGCGUAAGGCCGUUGCUGCUGAAGGUGCUUCCUUCGUCACGUAUGUGUGGAUGGCGAUGGUAGAUGCGCAGUUUCUCAAGUGGAAGAAAACGAAAGACGAUGAGAGGCGGCGGGAGAGACAGCGGAAGCGUGACCUCGAAGCGGCGUGGGAGCGUGAGAAGGAGUGCCAUCUACAAGCCCUUCAUGAAAAGUUGCCGCCAGCCAUGCCAUCUCAUCAGCCCACUCCACCACGGCGAAUCGAUCCCAUGCGCCUUCAACAAGUCCAGCAAAAGGUCCUUGCAUCCCCAUAUGCCGCGCCAAGUAGACAGCGACCGCAUGGCUGCAGCACAUUGCCGCAGUUGACCAAGUUGUCCAUGCUGACUCGCCCCAUCUCGUCCAACGCCCGGGGUCCAACCCAGCGGCCGCCCACAGAAGCGUCGACCGUCUUUAUCGAAGCUCCAGCAGUGGACAUCGAACCAACAUUCGAAGCACAGCAUUUUCCAACUGUCCAGCUUGCGACUGCUUCGGGGAAGGCUCGGAGCAAACCGAACGAGACGAAGCUGCCGCCGCUGCUGUCAGCCCUGUCGAUGGUAGAGAUGCCCGAGUGCAGCGACCGUGACAGCAAACGCGAAUUCGAGGACGACGUGGAGAAGCCUCCCAAUGUGCAGAGUAAAAACGUGAGCGCCGACCGCGUUGUUCGAGACGGCGCAGACUACUUCGAUCAAGUUGACGCGAUAGCAGAGGACGCCGUGACACUACCACCACCGCCUUCAUAUCGAGACAUGCCGUCCCGUGGCGCGACCAGUGGGUACGGCAGCGAAUUGUGGGAUGGAUAA